AUGUCUGGUGUUGAAUGCAGCGUAUGGGCUUACCAUGACGCGAGCCUGAUCGACCAUAUUCAUGGGAAGAAGCACAUGCGGAAACAGGCGGAAGCUACACCGAUCACCUCACCACCGUCCAGCGUCACUGGAAGUCCCCCUUGGGAGAAAACUUCCAAGUUGACGCCACCGUGGAAGCUCGUUGGGGAAGGGAAAAACUCCGCCGUGUCUCCUUCCUCCAAGCGUAAAGCGCCUCAUACGAGUGAUGCCUCUAAGCCAGCUGGUGGUGGGUCCAAGCGCCAAAAAAGAGCCAAUGGUCAAGUUGUUGCAGUUACACCGGAUGGUGAGGCGGAUGCACGAGACAUUGUUCCAGAAGCAGCAGCAGAAGAAGAAUCGGAUGAGCCAAGCCGACCUGAGGACUUCGCCCUGGCGUUGUUCAAGUUCACGAAUCUGAUUGGUCGCCGGGGGAAGUGGGAGAAGCAGCUGCUGAAAUGGUCCGAUGGCAGUUCUUGUGAGAAGCACAGUCAGAAGGAGGAGCUGCCAUUGCUUGCAGAUGUCCCCUCCGAGCAUCCAGAGCAGCUCAAGAAGCAACCGGAAGAGGCCAGCGACAAGGAUGUUCCGCAAGAUGACGAUGAUGGUCACAAAGAGAAAGAACCGAAAGGCAUGUCUGGUGCUGAGCCACACUGCACAGAAGAGCCAAUUGAAGUUAAUGCGGAUGUGGAAGAAGCACGUGGAGCUCGCACUGGCGACGACUCUACUCCCGCGCCUGAGCUGCACGAGGCGGCUGCUGGUAGAGCUGAAGACGAAGCGACUGUGAAUGCAGCUGCACCUGCGGUUCCAGUGCCAGAAGCAGCGGCAGGGGUCGACGCCCCUGGAGAAGCCACAGCACCGGCUGCAGUGCCAGCUAAGAGACGGAAAGGAGCUCUGGGAGCUGGUGCAGGGGCAUCUGCAACGAGAGUGUGCUUUCUGUGCCAGCUGCCCAUGAUGGAAGGGCAGGUGGUUGGAGCCCUGUGGAAUGCACGCUUGAAACAAUUUGCCUGCAGCAGCAGGAACCGACACAAGAAGUUCCACAUAUUCCACGCGCACUGCAUAGCGGACUGGGUGGUCUUCUGCUCCGCGGUCGCCAGCACCAGUGUGCCGCCCGCCCUCUGCUGCCCGCUCGAGGCUGACGUGGCGCACCUCCUCUCCUCCAUGCACCGCCACCAAAAGGCACACGCGCCGUCCCUGGGGCCAAGCCGCCAGGCCAGUGGCGCUGCCACACCUGCUGCCGCUGCUGCUGCUGGCAGGGUCACAGGGGCUGCAGCAGCUGCUGCUACUGCUGCUGAGGCUGGCGGUAGUGCUCCUGUGUCUGCCAGUGCUGCUGCUGAAGCGAUUGCGAAUAACCAGCCUGGAGAUGCUCCUCAGUCUAAUGGGGCUGAGCGUGUGGGGCCGGGUGGGGAUGCUGAUGGCAGCAGUGCUAGCAGUGACGAGAAUCAUUCCGACGCGUGGGCGUGGGCUGGCAUCCCAGACGCAAUUCACUCCCCUGCCACCGCUGCUGCUGUUGCAACCUCUGCCCUGGCUGCUGCUGCUGCCACAGGGCCAGUGUCCAGUGAAGAUGCAGCAGUGGUGGCCAUCGUGGCAACAGCUGCUGCGUCGGCUGCUGCGUCCCUGAUGGCUCCACCUCCUGCUCCUCCUGCCUCUGCAUCUGCUAUGUCACAUCUUCUGGGCAAGCGCAGCUCAGCUGACACCGUGGCACAGCAGCCAGGCAAGGCGAAGAGCGGCGUGCCCUCAGCAGUGCCGGCAUCAGCGCCUGUAGCAGCGUCUGGAGCAGCUGGAGCUGCCAGCAAGGGCGUGCCAGGCAAAGGGGCAGAAUCAGAGGCAGCAGUGUCAGUAGGAACAGGAGGAACAGCAGUGCCAGCAACGCCAGCUGCGCCUGAGGGCGCAGAGGCGCUGAAGGGAGUAAAGCUGUUGCCGCUGACUGAGGUUUUCUGUCCGGAGUGCCAGGGCACAGGGCGGUAUGGCCCUCAAAACGCCCUGGAGCACCCCCGCUACCGCCUUGCUCAGGUGUUUGACUGGAUUGUGGCCAUGAUGGUGGCGCGGCAUAAGGCAACCCUUGCACAGAAAGGAAGCGCGGCGAGCAGUGGAGAGCAGGAGGAGGAUGGUGGUGCAGGGAGGACGGCAGAAGUGGGUGCGGCAGACAAGGGAGAUGCCACUAUGGCAGACGCUGAGGGUGCACCAGAGGGCUGCGAGAAGGCACCAAAGGGGGCCGAGGGAGCAUCAGAAGGCGGGGAGAAGACACCAGAGGGCAGGGAGAAUGUGGAGAGGUCAGGUGGCAUGGAGGCGGAUAAGGGCUUGUGUGAUGAGAGGGAGGUGACAGCAGCCGAGGCUGCUCAUCCCCCUCCUGCAGCCAGUCCCUCUCAGGCGGCUCACAGUGCAGCAGUCACUGGGGGAUCCCUUCCAGGGAAUGAAGCAGGCAUGCAGGAUACGGGUGCUGGCAGCAGCAUGGGCGUGGUUGCUGGCAGCACGCUGGCCAGCAAUCCUGUGGAGAGUGCAGCAGAGAAGGGGUCAGAAGGGUGCCGUCUGCGUUUCGCGGACCAAAAUGUACAGAAGGCAGCAGACACUGCUUUCCACAACCUCAGGACCCCGCACGCGGCUCCCUUCCUUGGCGGAAAUCCGUACUCCCUCGCGUUUAACGUGCAGUCCGCGUCGUCUUUCCAGUCCCACAACGCCGCGCCGUUUCUGUCCGAAAACCAGCACGAGUUUCCCGUUUCCAGCGCGCGCCAAUGCGGACGGAUUCCGUUAGAGCCGCCAGUAACAGAGAACAAUAACAGCAGCAACAGCAACAAUGAUAACACUGAUAACUACGGCGAGAACACAUCCAGCCCUCCGUCUAGAGGCGCGUUCGACCUCCAAACCCCCAACAUGAACUUCGACGCUCCGUGCGACGCGCCGUGCGACGCUGCGACGCGCAUGAUCCGGCUGCCGUACGACCUGCAUCCGCCGGACAUUAACCUGCCUCUCCCCCUCCCCAUGUCCAUGUGCCUCGACCUCGAUCUCGACGCCGCCUCCCCCGCGCACCACCCCGUUGCUGCCUCCCUCCCCGCCAAUGCCGCGCAUCCCGCUGGUGCCGCUCGUCCCGCUCAUCCCACUGAUGACGCUGACGUGGCUGCAGCGGCGGCCGCGAAUUCUCCUGCUCCUGCUGCUGCGGCUGACGCUGUUGCUGCUGCUGGUGUUGCAGCUGGAAUCAAUGGCGCGGUUGGUGGGGAGAGCGGCGUUGGUGGGGAUGCGCGGGACUUCGGGAGUGGUGGGAGGGGGAAUAGCAGCAACAACGUGGGUGGCGCAGAGGGGGAGCAGCGCGGGAGUGGUGGGAGGGGGAAUAGCAGCAACAACGUGGGUGGCGCAGAGGGGGAGCAGCGCGGGAUGGAAGAGCGCGAUAGGGCUGGCGAGCUUGGCGGAAACGGCGAGCUGGCGAUUCUGAGGGCUUUCCAGCAGGGCGCGGGAGGGGAGAACGCGGAGAGUGGGUCCGCGGAGGGCGCAGGGGGGGAGGAAGGGGAGAACAGGCGGGAGCAGCAGGCGGAGCAAGGAGUAUCAGAGGAGGGGGGCGGGCAAGAAGCAGGCGCUGAUGCUGGCGGGGAUACUGGCGGAGAUGGUGGGGGAGAUGGGGGCGGGGAUGUUGGCGGAAUGGCCCUCUGGUGGGAUGUAGGUCCGGCGCCGAACCUGGACAUUGAGAUAGCUCCGGUUGGUGCCCCGGCAACCCGGUUUGCACCGAGGCUGAUCUUCAGCCUUGACAGCCACCCACCGUCCACCGCUGCUACUGCUCCUGCCCCUCCUGCUGCACUGAAUGCAAACACCAGAGGAGCUAUAGCCUCCAGACCCACUGUACCCUCCAGAUCUGGUGGUUUCAGGGAGAGUGGGUCGGCCACAGGAGCUGGUGCGGGAGUGGGUGGGAGCAGCUCCGCGUGCACGCACGCCACCAGCACGUGCCACAUGGUGCCGCCAGGAGAGUGCGGCCAGCAGCAGCCGCCGCGGGAGCAGCAGCAGCAACAGCAGCAGCAGCAGCAGCAGCAGCAGCAGCAGCAGCAGCAGCAGCAGCAGCAGCAGCAGCAGCAGCAGCAGCAGCAGCAGCAGCAGCAGCAGCAGCAGCCAGAGCAAGUGCAACAGCAGCCACAGCAGCAGCACAACCAGCAGCAGCUAUGGCUACAGCAGCCGCAAUACACUGCGUCUGCCACUGGUUCGAGCAGCAGUGCAUGGCAAGAAGCAGGGAGGGCAGCAACACUGGAGCUGGGCACAGAAGCAGGCGCUGACAUGAACGUGAACGUGCGUGCAUGUACGGCAGAGGCAGUGAGGGACGUGGACACGUGCUGCGCUGCAAUUGGCCUAAGUGUCUGUGCUGGCGGCGGCAACGGGGGCACGCUGCGUGCUGCUCCCACUGCUACCGCCGCUCCUACUGAAACUGCUGCUCCCACGAGCGCGGCCGUCGGCCGCAGCAGCAGUGGCAUCCCGAGGCGGUACAGUGCACGGGAGGACCGUGUGUGGGGCGCACACUUCUUCUUCUCUCACUACUACGCCUCCACCCUCUCCCAAUCGCGGGGCGAAGAGGCGUUUAUGGUGCAGCACGAUGUGGAGAAUGCGUACAUGUGGGCGCUCAGUGUGCGGCCAGAGCAUGCGCUGGGCAAGAUGCAGCUGCGCUCCUUCAUCAACGGCAACUCCAGGGUGGACGAGCCGUGCUUCCCCUUCCCUGAGAAGGCUGGCUUCGUGCGAUCACACCGCCUGCAGCAGCGGCGCUACAAGGGGCUGGCCAACCCCCUCUGCAUCCACGGCAUUGCACCCGUCCCCGCCCCUGACCUCUCUGCCGUGUCCCCCCACUCGCGCACGCCCUGGGAGGAGAUUACUGGUGAGUUGGUGGCUGUCAGGUGUCGCACACAGGGUGAAACGUCUUAA